AGGACCUAUACCUACAUGGCAAAGGGGCUAUCAAGCCUAUGUAUAGUGACAAUACAAAUUUAUAAAACGAUACAAAUAAAAUUAUAUUUCUGUAUAUAUAGGCUUAUAUAUAUAUAUAUAUAUUCCGACAUAUACCCGAAUGUCACCGAAUGUCACAGAUCCAGGCAGACAAGAGAACGGAACACACGGAAGUGCGUGUUUAGUUGCAAUAGGCGUUACGUUUGAGGGCGCUUCGUACAGUUUUCUGGUUACUUAAAUCUCUAUGCCAGGAUUUUUGUUUGUUGCGAUGAUAGAUUUAAUAACGAAGCAGGCGUUCUGGUGAAGCACCAUGGCUAUUAAAGUUCUAAGGUCGAUUGUAAUCACUCUGAUCGUUUUUGCUGUUGUCAAACUUAUGUUUUUUAAUUCAGGAACAAAGAGGAAUAACAGGAAGACUGUUAUUGAUCCUGGGACGUUCUGGCAAAUAAACCUGGAAAGUAAAGUAGAUAGGAUUGAUCCUCUUAAGUUGAAGGAAGAAGUGAAACCAAAGAACAUUUUAGCAGUGCCACAAGUCGACAAGUCUGAUAGGGCCGACGCAGUGAAGGUAGUAGCACCUUUGAAUAAAAGCCCUCUACAGAUAGUCCACCUGGAUCUGAAAGGUGCUGCACCCAAAGUGAAUUACCUUGAGCAGAUCUUUCCCCUGCUUUCAUCUCUGGGUGCCAAUGGGAUACUGUUAGAGUAUGAGGAUAUGUUCCCCUAUUAUGGAGACCUACAGAUUCUCAGGUCACCAUUUGCAUACAGCCUGGAGGACAUUGAGAAAAUAAAGAGCCUUGCCAAACUUAACAAACUUGAUAUCAUCCCUCUUGUCCAAGUGUUUGGACACCUUGAGUUUGUGUUGAAGCAUAAGCAGUACUUUCCCCUGAGGGAGGUGAUACAGUUACCCAACAGUCUGAAUCCCCACCUCCCCGACUCUGUGACCCUUGUGAAAAGUAUGGUGUCCCAGGUCAUGGCCUUUCAUCCUGAGGCCACCUGGUUCCACAUGGGGGCUGAUGAAGUUUUUGGUCUGGGGACCGGUGAAGACUCUAAGAAUUGGUUACAAGGCAACAAGGGAGGUAUCGAUCAGAUGUUCCUGAAGCAUACAGUGGAAAUGGCCCGCUUCAUCUCGGAGAAGAGACCAGGGCUCAGAGUCCUUAUGUGGGAUGAUAUGUUAAGAAAAAUAAGCCCCACAUCUGUCCAAGAGUCUGGCCUGCAGAAUUUUGCCAUUCCAACUAUAUGGAACUAUGGGAGUUUAGAACAUACAGUUAUUAUUGGUAAUCUGAUAUCUAGAUAUGAAUCUGCCGGGUUCCAGAGUUUAUGGUUUGCCAGUGCAUUCAAAGGUGCCUCGCUUAUCAACCAGAUAUGGACACCGCUUCAACACCACUUGCAAAACCACCUAUCCUGGCUCAAUGUCAUGACCUCCAUGUCCACCAAAUACCCCUCCAUAGCUCUGAAAGGCAUCAUGUUAACUGGAUGGCAAAGGUAUGAGCAUCACACGGUGUUAUGUGAACUGCUUCCUGUUGGCAUUCCUUCCCUGGCCAUGUGUCUUUUGACACUCAAACAUGGCUCAUUUAGUGAGAAGGCACAGGCUGAAGCCCAUAACAUACUGGGCUGUAAAAUUGAGGUGGAGGAAGAUGAAUGUAAGGGAAGUGGUGCAUUCGCCGGCUCACAGAUCUACCAUAGGGUGCAUACAAUUCACACACAACUAAAGGCUGAAGUUAACAAACUCAUGGAUAACAUCUUUAUCAAAGGGGGCUUUGGUCGCUACCAGAGACGGCAUAAUUUUGCAAACCCAAGACACAUUGAAAUCUUUCACAAUGGACUGAAAAUACUGCUGGACAAGUGGGAGACCUACAUAGAAGAUUUUCGUGUAGAGAUGGGGGCCAUCUUCUUUACAGAUGCUGUGGAGGAAUGGAUGGAAGAGAAUGUCAACACAGAGCUGGAUAUAAUGCGAGAGUGUGCUGAGGAUGCUGAGCGAAUUUUAAAGUUGAAUGGGCAGCCUUCCAAGUCUCUCUAGACGUAUUGUCUGUCCCUGCUGUGUUGGGAUUAUAACACAACACUUCCUUGAAAUGCAAAAUUGUUAUGUAUUCACAUUUUACAAUGUUUUAGUGCUUACAGCCUAGCAGGAAUAAUUGAUUGACCAUACAAUACAGUAACAUUAAAAUACCUUUGUAUUGGACUUUAUGUUGUUGUCAUGAUGUAACAUAAUUGAGUAUUUACUUUCAAUUAUAAUAAAAUAAAUAGGAUGUAGUGUUUUCUCUGCUGUUUUUUACGACACAUAAAAUAAACAAAUGCUUUACGGCAUUAAAA